AUGCAGGUGCCGUGGGUGCUUUUCUUCUCCGUCUCUCUCGCGUAUCGACGGGUGUCGUAUCAACCGCCGUUACGGACGUCCUACGUCCCCCGCCGAAGUUACGUGCGACCCAUGUACCACUUCUACCGUCCGGUGUACCGACCCGUAUACUACAGAAUGGAGACGCCCACCACCACGACGACUGCAGCCACAAACAGUGAAGCUCCGGUCCUCUCGGUACCAGCUCUCUCCCCUCUUCCUCCUUCGACCGACGCGACGACGCCGUCCACCCCCACCGUCCUCCGCGGCGAAGCCCUGGUCCCCCCCUUACCAGACCUCCCUCCCCUUCACCCCUCCACCUCCACCUCCACCACCACCACCACCACCACGACCGAAGCCCCGAUCGGAGUCCCGGAGGCAGACGUGAACGGCGUGAGCCCCUACUGCCGCUUCUCCCCCAUGCACACUCUGUGUCACCAUCGCGGGAUCGGCUACAAGUGCGGGAGGCUCGUCUUACACGGCGUGACGAAGGAAGAGCAGAGUUUCAUCGUGGAGGAACACAACCGCUUGAGGCGAUGGGUCUCCAGCGGAAGAGAAACCAGAGGUUAUCCCGGUCCUCAACCCAUGGCCGCCAACAUGUUAGAAAUGGUACCGAUUUUUAAUUCAUCCCUGGCACCAAAACGCGUGACGCGUCGGAAUGACGCCACACGUCAGAAAGCGUCUAAGCAGACGUGGACAUUCCGGAAUAAUGGGACUCGUGCGAGCUAA